AUGGCUCUUUCAGGCAUACUGAACAAAAGGGUUACCGCAUACCGGGCAGAUGAGAAUGAACUGGAGGACGACUUCUCAAGCUCUGAGGAAUUGAACACACUGAGCAGUGAAGACGAUGAAGAUGAAGAUGAAAAUGAUGAAUCGGAAAAUGAAGAAACACCAGACAACACUUCUUCCGAAGACGACGGAGACAAUGAUAUCAAAUCGUCGCUGUCACAAAUAUCUUUCGGCGCCCUUGCCAAAGCCCAGCAAUCUCUUGGACCUCUGAAGAAAGGGGCUAAAAGGAAGCACGGGAGUGAAGAGGAAGAGGAAGAGGAAGAAAACAAUACAAAUACCAAAUACAAGAAAUCCAAAUCAGACGCCCUGAAUGAGCUUCGCGAGCGAAUCCGAAGAGCGAAAGAGGAGAAAGCUUCCAAGUCAGAGAGGUCGAGAGACAGUGAGCUAUUGGAUAAGAAACACAAGGAAGCUCGUUCUUCCAAACAUGCGCCUGCGGUCCAAUCAAGCAAAUACGCAGUCAGUCGCCGACGAGUUGUUGUUGACGGAGAAAACGUGGCACAGGCCAAAUCGAGGGAUCCGCGGUUCGACAGUGCAGUACAAAGUUACAGCCACGGCGUCAAAUCCUCAUCUUACUCCACAUCUCAUUCUGAUCUAGCAGCGGCUAAGAAUUAUGCAUUCCUAAACGAAUAUAGAGAUGCAGAACUGAAGGAACUUGAGGAAAAGUUACGUCGAAGUAAGGAAGAUGAUGAAAAGGCUCGGCUGAAAAAGAUGAUCACGUCUAUGAAGGAUAGGAAGAGGGCGAUGGAGAACAGGGAAAGAGAGAGACAGGUACUGGCUAAACAUCGGAAGAAGGAGAGAGAGCUGAUCAAGGAAGGAAAGAAGGAGAAGGCGUGGUUCUUGAAGAAAGCAGAUCUGAAGAAGGAGGCUCUGAAAGAGAAGUAUGAGUCGAUGGGAGCUAAAGAGAGGCAGAAAGGCAUCGAGAGGCGGAGGAAGAAAGUUGCUUCUAAGGAGAAAAAGGAGAUGCCUAGAAGUAGAAGGAUUGUGGAAGGGUGA